AAAUCCAAAGCAGAGAAGAACAUUUUAACUCAACAACGAAUUCAAAAUACACUUCUGAAAGUACCACAAAAUGAUACGUCAAGACCCAAACAGAUUCUCUAAGAGACAAAAACCAGACUAUAGGAAAACUCAAUUUGCAGAAAAACCCGCGUAUAAAGAUAUUAGCUAUCCACAUCGUUUGAAUUUCUACUCGAUUCCCCCAACCGCCGAUAUAACUCUCGAACAAUUUGAGCAAUGGGCUAUUGAUCGGCUGCGAGGUAUAUACGAAACUUUGCAAAUCUUGUGAAUAUAAAAUAACAUGAGAAAUAGUUCUCGCAGAGCUCGAAGCAUGUUCGUUCAGAAACAGAUCACCCGCCGAAACAGCAGCCCAUAUGAAACCUCUCCUAGAUAAAUACCUACCACUUUCUGCCUCUUCCUCCGGCUCCAGUGUACUGCAGGUUGAAAGGCAGAAGGAUCAUUAUAGCCAUUUUAUACUGCGGCUUGCAUUUGCUUCCACAGAAGACUUGCGAAGACGGUUUUCUCGGGUCGAGUCGAUGUUAUUCCGCUUGCGGUUUCAGGUAGAUGAUUUGAGAGAGCGACAAGCAUUUGUGGAAGGGCUGAAUCUAGAUUGGGAAACAGUGAGUGAGGAAGAAAAAAGGGAGAAUUGGGAACAAUUGAAAGGUGCGGCUGGCUGGGAUAAAAUGCGAAUAGAAGAAGAGAGUUGGUUCAAGGUAGACUGGGAGAGAGUACCUGAAUUAGUAGAGAGUCGGAGAGUAUUCUUGAGAGGUGGAAAGGCAUACGUACAUUCCAGGGAACAACUAUCCAUGGUUGUGGCAGAGUUUACCAAUAGGCUAGACAAAGCUUUAGAGGUUUGUUUGUUCAUUUGUGACCCCUCAUUGUGAUUCGUCCUAACCGGGCUCAGAUUACAUCUCGCGCACUUCCUCGGCUUGACGAAGACGAUCGAUUAACGCCAAUACUUACACAUCUCUCCCAAAACUUUACCACACCAGAUGCAAAUUAUUCCGGCUCAGCUACUGCGGUGGAUGGAGCUGACAUAUCCGCCCGCAAUAUUGAUGCACUGUCAUCUUCAUUCCCUCUUUGCAUGCAAAACCUCCACAGAUCUCUUCGCCGCGAUGCCCAUCUCAAACAUUACGGUCGUCUACAAUACACUCUUUUCCUCAAGGGUAUUGGGCUGAACCUAGAAGAAUGUCUAGUAUUCUGGCGAUCCUCUUUCAGCAAAAUUACCGACGACGUCUUCAAUAAAGAAUACAGAUAUAAUGUUCGUCACGCAUAUGGUGAUGUAGGAGGAGAUUCUAAUCGUAGAGGAAACGGAUACUCUCCGUUUAGUUGUCAGAAGAUUUUAACAGAACAUCCUCCAGGUCCAGGAGAAUCACAUGGUUGUCCUUACAGACAUUUUAGUGUGGAUAACUUGACAUCAUUAUUGCGUGCAGUGGGUGUUAAUGAUCAGGAGGUCUUGCGAGGGGUAAAAGAGGAUAAAGAGAAGCAGAAAUUUCAUCUUGCUUGUAAUCGGUAUGUAGCUCAGAAUGUACCCCUCGACAAAUGCUAAUCUAUUUAGGGUCUUUGAAUAUGCACAUAAACAGGAGAUCAAGAAAGUCAAAGACGAUGGUACAUGGGGGGCGGCACAAUUAGAAACAAUUGUCCAUCCCAACGAGUACUUCAAACGAAGUUACCUACUCAAAAAUAUGAACAAAAACCCGGUAGUAGAAGAGGAUGUUAGGAUGGACGGUUAAAUAAUGUAUGAAUUAUACGACAUGGGUUAGUGGCGUUGGGGUGGGAAUGACGGAAGUUCUAUGGGUUUGUUAUUAUAGACUAUUUGAUGUAUCUUUAUGAGUGAGGAAGGUAAUUGAAUAUAUUAAGCUUGCACC